CGGAUUUCAAAUAAGAGGCAACGGCUGGUUGAUUUUCAGUUGUGGAGCAUUUAAUUUUGUCUGAGCGGGUCUCGGUCGCCGAGCAAAAGGAGGGAAAUAAGCGUCUGCUUUGGAUAACGAUAUUUACAAACGUAUCUACAUACUGCACAGUGUGUAUGUUUCACUCAAAGAAAGCCACAAUGAAAUUUCAUAGCUGCGAGGCUACCAGGGCCAGCAAUAUGGAGAAAAGAUCUGCUAAUGUGGCUGAUUCAGAGUGCAAGGUCUUUCACCUCAGUGCUUCCCCAGUGAAAGAGCCCACUCCCAUCAAACCUCAGUGUCCACCUACAGGAGCGGCCAAGGUGUUGUUCUCUCUCAACAACAACACCAGAGCAGUCCACAACAAGGAAAAUAGCGCCAGCAGGGACGAUGACAGGACUCUGGAUGACUGCUUUGAGGACAGCGGCUAUCUGUCUCUACAGAACAGUCAGAUUGAUGAUCACCAUGGGGAUGAAGAGGAUGACCACAUCCAGGGAAAACCCACAGCGACCCUUCUGCCCUCUGCUCCACAUCAAGAUCAGAUAAUAUCACAAAACAAUUCUAUCUCCAAACGUCGAGGGAGGACAAACUCCAGCUGUCCAGUGUCUGUGGUGGCAGCUUCCACUCCUGUGAAUCGUCCCAGGAGAAGAACAGCAGUAUACUCGUUGUCAUCCACUCCCUCCGACCAUCACAGUGACCCCAAACUGCCUAUACUGAAGUUCCAGCAGGCAGUGUGUGAAGAGCUUGCCAAGAGCUAUCAGAAGAAUAAGAGGUAUGACUGGAGCAUUGUCACAAAGGUAGCAGAGGAACAUCUUUUGGAUCGGGUGAUCGGAGGCCAUAUGGGCCAGGAGUACAUCGACAUGUUUACAUCUCUGUUGUCCAGGAACAUGAGAAGCAUCCUGACCAACAUCCUGGCCCUGCUGGGAGACAUGGACCUCAUUAGCUGUAAGAAAGUGAGCAGGACGUGGAGGAGGAUCAUUUGUGAGGAUACUACAGCUCUGAACAGGUGUCAGCAAGCGGAGGAGGCACUCAGGGAGUCAAGGAGCUCUUUGAGACAAAGGGGUUGUGGUCUUACAAGAGAUGUGGCCAUGUCCCGGGUGGUACUGUCCUGCAUGCAGUCCCUGGCUUCCUCAAGCACUCCAUCUUCAUCAUCAUCCUCAACCUCACUGAGCUGCAGGGUCAACAGACGGACUGCUACCUCUCAAAAGGGCAGCACACCCAGUUCCAGAUCCACACGCUUCACAGAAUACAUGCAGGCUGCCAGCAGUCUGAAGCAGCAUGAGUCUCUGCGUUCCUGCAAGCGUUGCGGCUCACCAGCGACACAUUCAGCUGAGAUCCAGAGGGCCACGUGCACACGCCUCAACUGUCUCUUCGACUUCUGCACCUGCUGUCAAGAGGCUUUCCACGGCUCAACCCCCUGCAGAACAGUGCAGCCCAGACCCCACUUCCUCACCUCCAAGACGGAUCAGGUCAUACCAGGGAGCGCUCGCAGCAAGAGGAACAUAAGGCGCCUGUGACAGAGGUUGCCUGUGGUUUUAAUCACUGACCAGUAUUAACCGGGUUGGUCGUCUUUCUCUGCACUGGCAGUGUUUCCAGUAGGCCAGAGACCGAGGGGAAUGUUUUUACACAAGCAGUCUGUAAUUGGCCUCUGAGCUGUGUUACCUGCAGAACUCCGGCUCUACCCAUCUGAAUCAACUGAGUGAAGCACUUGUUAAAGACACGACUGGAACAAUCAACCAGAAAGUGCUGAAACUGUUGUCGUCUGUGAGCGAUAAACAAAUCUGAUGGCAAAAAAAAGAAAUGCAGACUGAUACACUUUAAAUUGUACAGUUUUAUUAUGUUUUAAAAUGAAAUGGAUGUAAAUAUAUUGUAUUGUCAGUUUUAAAUAGUUCUUUAUAUACAUAUAUAUUUUGUUUUUUAAAUAAAUGUUGAUCCUGAAGAGGUCUUUAUAUGUUCAGAUUUACUGUAUUUGUGUUUCAUGUAAAUAGACGCUUCAUAAAACGUAACCUUGG